AUGUUGCCAACUUUACCAAUAUCUGGCAAUCGGGUGUUCAAAUCGAAACUCCAUUCCGAUGAUGUGCUCCGGAAUGUGGCCAAGAAGUACGGCCCGGUAUUCACGUUUUGGUUGGGAAACUCCCCCCACGUGUUUGUUACGGACAUAGAUAUGGCUCGCGAGGCGUUCAAGAAAAAUGACAUUGCUGGCAGGACUGAAUCAUUUUUCGGAUCUCAAUUAUCUAAUGACACGUUUAAAGACGUUGUAUUUACCGAUUACGGACAUACCUGGGAAGCUCUUAGAAGGGUCGCCCACUCGGCCGUACAAAAAUACUCGACAAACGAUAGGCUGGCAUACGUGGCCACCGAUUGUGUGGACCGGACGGUGAAGACUAUAUUAGAUAAGGAAGGAGUGGGUAAACCCUUUUCGCCCAUCAAUUACACAUAUCUCACAUUUCUCAACAUAUUAGCCACCAGUACGUUUGGGCAGAGUUAUGAUUUGGAGGACAAGGAGUUUAAGGAUUUGAAGUAUAAAGACUACUCGGAAUCAAUUGAAAGGGACUUUUGUGAUGCACUCAUAACCGCUAAGAAUGAGGCCCUCAGAGAGGGUAAAGAGUCGGCCCCUUAUCUCACCGAUGAAAACCUGGCGAUGACUAUAUUGGAUCUGUUUUUUGCCGGAACCGAUACCUCUCAACAGACAUUUCAAUGGAUGCUUCUUCUGUUGACAUAUUACCCGCAAAUGCAGCGAAAGUUGAGACAAGAGAUUGAGACACAAAUCGGAGACCGAAUGCCAACACAUGAGGACAGGAAUCGAUGCCAUUAUGUCAUGGCUUUCAUUACGGAAACGCUGAGGUUCAGGAAUAUAGUGCCUCAGGGCUUACCUCACAGGGCUAUUGUUAGGACUACUAUCGGCAAACAUACCAUCCCUGAGGAUAUGGCGGUUAUUGUAUAUCAGGGCUACAUUUGUCGUAAUGAUAAGGAUUGGGAGAAAGCAAAUGAGUUCAUUCCCGAGAGAUUUCUAGAUAAACAGGGANAGGAUAUGGCGGUUAUUGUAUAUCAGGGCUACAUUUGUCGUAAUGAUAAGGAUUGGGAGAAAGCAAAUGAGUUCAUUCCCGAGAGAUUUCUAGAUAAACAGGGAGAGUUCAUAACUACCCGUCCAAAAGCGUACAUCCCGUUCGGUGUGGGACGACGUGUUUGUUUGGGCGAGAAGUUAGCCAUCGCUGACCUCUUCUUAGUUUUGGUCAGAUUUCUGCAGUCGACUCAUGACUACGAUAUAGUCCUCGACAGUCAUAAUGUAUUCAAAACAAAGUCACACUGGGAUGAGGUGUUCAGACAACUGGCUAAACAGUACGGACCGGUAUUCACAUUCUGGUUGGGUAACAGACCGCACGUUAUAGUGUCGGACAUAGGGCUGGCCCGGGAGGCCUUCAAGAAGAAUGACUUCGCCGGAAGGAGUAUCACAUUCUUCGGACAUUUACUGUCAAAUGAAAAACAUUCAGACGUUAUAUUUGACGAUUACGGGCACCGGUGGGAGGCGUUGAGACGGGUGGCCCACUCGGCCGUACAGAAAUACUCCACAAAUGAUAGACUGGUGAAUGUGGCCAAUGAUUCAGUGGAUCGUAUGGUGAAGACUAUGAUAGAAACGGAAGGCCCGGGGAAAGCAUUUGAUCCCAAAACUUAUAUCUAUUUAUGCUUUCGGUAUAAGGUAUGA